UUAUUUUCCUAGUUAGUGAGGCACCUCUUCUCCUUCUCCUCAGUACUUCCCAAAGCUCCUGUUCGCUCGAUUCCCUUCCAUUAUACGAAUUUUGGGCCACACGAAGUAGAAAAGGAGAAAUGGUAUUCUGUGUUGCAGCGAUGGCGGCCGCAGUCGCUUCUCCUUCUCUUUCUUUGGUUUGCUUGUCGGUAACCAACCCUAGUAUGUGCUUUACACUCAGGAGGACGGAGAGUGCGACGAGGAGGAAUUUCCUUGCUACAGUGAAGGCGUCGUCACGUGUAGAAAAGUUCUCAAAAAGAGAUAUUAUAGUUUCUCCUUCUAUUCUAUCAGCAAAUUUUUCCAGGUUGGGCGAGCAGGUAAAAGCAGUGGAUGCGGCUGGAUGUGAUUGGAUCCAUGUUGAUGUAAUGGAUGGUCGUUUUGUCCCAAACAUCACCAUUGGACCUCUUGUUGUUGAUGCCUUACGGCCAAUUACUGAUCUUCCUUUGGAUGUGCAUCUGAUGAUUGUAGAACCUGAGCAACGAGUGCCAGAUUUUGUUAAGGCAGGUGCAGACAUUGUUAGCGUACAUUGUGAACAAUCAUCCACCAUUCAUCUGCAUCGAACAAUCAAUCAAAUUAAAAGCUUGGGAGCCAAAGCUGGAGUUGUCUUAAAUCCCGCAACACCACUAAGUGCCAUAGAAUAUUUGCUUGACGUGGUAGAUUUAGUCUUGAUUAUGUCAGUGAAUCCUGGUUUUGGUGGUCAAAGCUUUAUUGAGAGUCAAGUGAAGAAAAUAUCAGACCUUAGAAGAUUAUGUGUUGAAAAGGGUGUCAAUCCAUGGAUCGAAGUGGAUGGCGGAGUUGGCCCCUCUAAUGCAUAUAAGGUUAUUGAGGCUGGUGCUAAUGCUAUUGUUGCUGGCUCUGCAGUCUUUGGAGCUAAAGAUUAUGCAGAAGCAAUAAAGGGCAUCAAGACCAGUAAAAGACCUGAGACAGUGCCAGUAUGAGAAAUGAGAACGUAGAAGGCCUGUUUCCAUUUGGUCCAUUGUAAUAAAAUACAGCAGCUUUGGAAGAGCGGCACUUUAGGAAUUCAAGAAUUCAUAUAUAUUUUGGUUCUCAGUUAUGUUACAGCUUUCAAAUUCGAUGGUUUCUCUGGAUCUUCUGAAAGGUAGUUUUUAUAGACAUUUUUGACACAAGACAUUCCCUCUGGAAGAAAGAUUAUUUUGGUGGUGGCGGGAAGAAAUAUUCCCUGCAUCAAUCACUCAUAGAAUCCAUGUUUGGCUUACGUUUUUGUGUGCUGGUACCCAUGCAUGGUCCAUGUGUGUUUUGCCCACCGGCUCUGUGGAAGUGCCCAACAGAAAAUCAUUCCAUAUUUCCAUAUAUGAUACAUGGCUAAUACCUUCUAAGAACUGGUUUUUCUUGCUAGGUUCUGCAGCCGGCUGCUUGAAUGAAUUCGAAGACAGGGCAGAGAUAAUAUACAAUUCCUUGCGUGUAUUUGUUAGUGUAUGAGAUUUAUUAAUAAAUUUGUGAUAUUCAAGAUAAAAUGUUUAGUUAUCUAGAAACUUGUUCUGUCUUAAUUUGGUUUCAGAAGCUCUUCCUUUAUCUAGGCUAUUGCCAUUCUCUUUCGUGUCACCGCUGUCUUUCAAGUUUUAAUAACGUACACGUGUUGAUUUC